AUGCCUCGUCUUUUAGCAACACAAUCACAUGUUGUUCAUGGCUAUGUAGGUAACAAAGCAGCUACUUUUCCAUUACAAUGUCUAGGAUGGGAUGUAGACUGUUGUAAUAGUGUUCAGUUUUCCAACCAUACAGGCUAUGGUAUGGAACGUGUAUUUGGUAACAUUACAAAUCAAAAUGAUUUAGAUGCAUUACUAAAUGGAGUAUUUGCAAAUUUUGCAACAGAUUAUGAUGCGUUGCUAUCAGGGUAUUUGCCAAAUAAAGAGUCAGUAAAUUGCAUGGGGCAACAUUAUUCAAAAUUUAAGGAAAAAAAUAAGAAGUUGUUAUGGUUGAUGGAUCCAGUAAUGGGAGAUGAAGGUCAAUUAUAUGUCAAUGAAGACGUGAUACCUGAAUAUCAAAAACUGACUUUUUCUUCUAACGGUUUGGUUGAUAUUAUAACUCCUAAUCAAUACGAGCUUGAAAUUCUCUAUGGAAAGAAAAUUUCUUCAAAAGAAGAGCUUAAACAAUCGUUAGAAGAACUACAUAAAACUGUACCUGUGAUAGUGGUAACUUCUUGUAGUUCGGAACUUUUUGAUGAUAAAGGACAUAUAUACUGUGUUGCAUCCAUUAAAGGUGAAGCUCCUCUGGUAUAUCGUAUUCCAUAUAUCGACACAUAUUUCACCGGUGUUGGAGAUCUAUUUUCAGCUUUACUACUAGAUAGGAUAAUAAAAUUAUAUCAGGAUGAAACAGCCACCUUGAAAUUUGCAGAUCAAAUCGAUGAUAUUAUUAACGUACUUCAGAGAGUUUUAAAAAUGACAAAGUACUAUAGUAAAGAGAAUAUAAAAAGUAAAAUGGGAUCGGUGAUAGGUAUGAAAGAUAUGGAACUGAGGAUAGUCGAAUCUAGGGAUUUAUAUCAUACAGUUCCAAUAAUAAAUAGCAAGUUUCCCAUAGAUUUUCCCAAGAAGAAAUAUUUGUAUAAAGAACUUUGA